GUGUUGCUCGGCGGCGGUCCUGCCUGGACGCUGUGGCGCGGUCCCCCUCCCCCGCCCCCUUUUCCCGGGGCCUUUCCCGAAGCGCAGCGCCUCAGAGCCCGGGGCAGGAUCGCUGAUGCUCGGGUGUGCCCGAGGUUCCUCAGGGCAGUGCGGGAGGUCAUCCGGAUGGGCAAAACGGUCUGCGGACGUUGGACGCCAGCAAGGCCUGGAUGGUGCUGGGGAAUGGUGAUGCUGGCGGCCACACGCGGGACGGCUAAGCCUGGGACCCGGACUAAUAUGAGGUCUGGAAGGUGUGUUGAGACACUUCUCGCCGGCUGGUGGACGCUUCCAACGCCGGAGACCGCAGAAUUGUGUGGAGGCACAGUUGGUGCUAUUUUCACUUGUCCACUAGAAGUCAUUAAGACGCGGUUGCAGUCUUCGAGAUUAGCUCUCCGGACGGUCUACUAUCCUCAGGUUCAUCUGGGGACCAUUAGUGGAGCUGGAAUGGUGAGACCAACAUCUGUGACACCUGGACUCUUUCAGGUUCUGAAGUCGAUCUUGGAGAAAGAGGGACCAAAGUCACUUUUUAGAGGCUUGGGUCCAAAUUUGGUUGGAGUUGCACCAUCAAGGGCUGUAUACUUUGCAUGUUACUCCAAAGCCAAAGAGCAAUUUAAUGGCAUUUUCGUGCCUAACAGCAAUAUUGUGCAUAUUUUCUCAGCUGGCUCUGCAGCUUUUAUCACAAAUUCCUUAAUGAAUCCUAUAUGGAUGGUUAAAACCCGAAUGCAGCUAGAACAGAAAGUGAGGGGCUCUAAGCAGAUGAAUACACUCCAGUGUGCUCGUUACGUUUACCAGACUGAAGGCAUUCGUGGCUUCUAUAGAGGAUUAACUGCCUCUUAUGCUGGAAUUUCCGAAACUAUAAUCUGCUUUGCUAUUUAUGAAAGUUUAAAGAAGUAUCUGAAAGAAGCUCCAUUAGCCUCUUCUGCAAAUGGGACUGAGAAAAAUUCCACAAGUUUUUUUGGACUUAUGGCAGCUGCUGCUCUUUCUAAGGGCUGUGCCUCCUGCAUUGCUUAUCCACACGAAGUCAUAAGGACAAGGCUCCGGGAAGAGGGCACCAAGUACAAGUCUUUUGUCCAGACGGCGCGCCUGGUGUUCCGGGAAGAAGGCUAUCUCGCCUUUUAUAGAGGACUCUUUGCCCAGCUUAUCCGGCAGAUCCCAAAUACUGCCAUUGUGUUGUCUACUUACGAGUUAAUUGUGUACCUGUUAGAAGACCGUACUCAGUAACAUGCCAGAAAAUUGUGCUCUAGAAGAAUAAAACUGAAAAACUCUAGAGAAUUUUUUCCCCCAUUGAUGUUUAGAACGUUUGAGACUGAAACAGGAAAGGCCAUAAAAUAUCUGGCUAAUAUCACCUGUUGGACAUUUCCUUUUGGAUUCAUGCUUUCUGGAAGGUUUAAAUUCAUUAACGUUAAUAGUUAAUUAUAACAUUUUUUUUAACUUAAGAGGAUUCAGGGUUAAGCACCAACUAAAUUAAAUCAUGCUAUUUAAUUUAAGUAUA